AGUUGGAAACUUGUUGCAGAUGCUUCUCUUGCGGGUGCAGAGUGAGUGAUAAAGGUUGUAGGUAUCUGAAUCCGACAUUGACUCAUGGCAAAAGUUACACUAACUGCAACUACAAGUAAUCAUUCUCUCUCUUUCGAAAAUAACUCCGUUUGAAGCGGUCCAUCUAUUCUAUCCUUUGCACUUUCAGCGCUUUCUAUCCCUCCUCCUCUUCCUCCUCCUAAUUCCCCUGCAUCUCUCUCUAGGCUUUUGAUUCCAUUCGUCUAGACCCAAAAGAUCAUUCUCGCCCUCGCCCCUUUUCUAGAGAAUCUCUUGUGUCUAUCCUAUGACUUCGACUUCCGCGAAGAACAACUUAUUCCCUCCUGGUCUCGUCUCCAAUCUCCAACAAGUUCUCAGCAAGAAGAACAAUGAAGGCGAAGCCAACAGAGAAAGCGACCAAGCCAAAGACAACGUCGAAUCCACUGACCCAUCUGCUUCCACCUCGGAGGAGGCUAUAGACACUUCCAAGCCCAUUGUGCUGGUCACCAAUGCUGACGGGAUUGACUCCCCCGGCCUUGUGUACCUCGUUGAAGCUCUGGUUCGUGAAGGGUUAUACAAUGUCCAUGUCUGCGCUCCGCAAUCGGACAAAUCACUGUCGGGUCAUUCUGUGACUCUUGGAGAAACGGUUUCUGUGAGUUCUGCCGAGUUCGAUGGUGCCCCAGCUUUUGAAGUUUCAGGAACUCCUGUGGAUUGUGUCUCAUUAGCAUUAUCAGGGGCAUUAUUUUCUUGGUCAAAGCCUCUUCUGGUGAUUAGUGGAAUUAAUCGGGGACCAAGCUGUGGCCAUCACAUGUUUUACUCGGGUGUUAUUGCUGGAGCUAGGGAGGCAUUGAUAUGUGGUGUGCCAUCAUUGUCAAUAUCACUGAAUUGGAAGAAGGAUGAAAGUCAAGAGACUGAUUUUAAGGAUGCAGUUGCUAUUUGCUUACCUUUAAUAAAUGCUGCUACCAGGGAUAUUGAAAAAGGGCUUUUCCCCAAAAGCUGCUCUCUGAAUAUAGAGGUUCCUACUUCUCCUUCGUCAAAAAAGGGUUUCAAAUUGACCAAGCAAAGUAUGUGGAGAUCCACGCUUAACUGGCAGGCUGUUUCAGCUAACCGGUAUCCUGCUGGACAUUUCAUGUCCAAUCAACAGAGCCUUGGCAUUCAGCUUGCACAGCUUGGCCGAGAUGCCUCUGCUGCAGGUGCAGCUCGCCGUAUGACCACACAAAAGAAGAAUGUGGAGAUUGAAUCAAUUGGAGUUGCAGGAAAAUCUGAUUCCAACCGAGUGAAGAAGCACUUCCGGCUGGAGUUCCUGGAUAAGGAUCAGGAAGAGACUGAGGACGAUCUGGAUUUCAGAGCACUUGAAAGUGGAUUUGUUGCAGUAACUCCUCUUACUGUUUCUCCAUAUACUGAGAGGGACAUUCUAACAGCUGCCUCAGACUGGAUCUCUGCUGCACUUCAUGGAAAGCAAUAAAAGCUUCCUCAGUCCAGUAUGAUUAGUGUGCAUUUGGAAUUCUGAUGUAUAAAAACUCUUAUGGAUCUGCUGUUCUGAUAGUCUAGUCAUUAGUGAACAAUUUACUUGCUGGCUUUCUCCAUUGUUCUAAGUUCUUUAAUCUCUUAUUUCUGUUGUGAGAAGCAAACGCUUCCUGUCAUCUUUCUGACAUGUUUUAGAGUGUCUUUUUUUUUUUGGUUUUUUCUUUGUAACACAGUUGUCUUUUCCGUACCAAAAUUGUGGAUCAGCUUGUAAAUGGACGGUUUCUUCUGUCUGCUAGUUUCUGUUUAUAUAGUACACAGAUUGACUUU